AUGUUGUACACAUUGCUGUCUUUAACAGUAUCCCAGUGUCCAGAACAGGAUUCUGAUGUUACCAUUAAUAAUGAUGAUGCUGAUUUUAGAGAUUGCCUAACCAUUCGUUCAGUCACUGUGUCAAAUUUAGUUACACGUAUUUCAGACAAUGCGUUUUCUAAGUCAAGUAUUACAAGCAUCACACUUUCUAAGACAGUCACCUCAAUUGGUGAUUUUGCAUUCUAUGAUUGUCGUAGUCUUAAGAAAGUUACAUUAGGCAGUUCAGUUAAAACCAUUGGAGGAUUCGCAUUUGCUUCUACUGCAUUAACAGAAGUUAUUAUUCCAAAAUCUGUUGAAACAAUUGGUGAGAAAGCAUUCUUUCUUUUGGAAAGUCUUAAGAAAGUUACAUUAGGCAGUUCAGUUAAAACCAUUGGAGGAUUCGCAUUUGCUUCUACUGCAUUAACAGAAGUUAUUAUUCCAGAUUCUGUUGAAACAAUUGGUGAUAGUGCAUUCUAUGAGUGUCGUAGUCUUAAGAAAGUUACAUUAGGCAGCUCAGUUAAAACCAUUGAUGUAUCUGCAUUUGCUUCUACUGCAUUAACAGAAGUUAUUAUUCCAGAUUCUGUUGAAACAAUUGGUCAUAUUGCAUUCUAUGAGUGUCGUAGUCUUAAGAAAGUUACAUUAGGCAGCUCAGUUAAAACCAUUGGGGAAUCUGCAUUUUUUAAUACUUCAUUAACAGAAGUUAUUAUUCCAGAUUCUGUUGAAACAAUCGGUUGGAAAGCAUUCUAUGAAUGUGGUAGUCUUGAGAAAGUUACAUUAGGCAGUUCAGUUAAAACCAUUGGAGGAUUCGCAUUUGCUUCUACUGCAUUAACAGAAGUUAUUAUUCCAAAAUCUGUUGAAACAAUCGAUUGGAAUGCAUUCUAUGAGUGUGGUAGUCUUGAGAAGGUUACAUUAGGUAGUUCAGUUAAAACCAUUGCAGAUUAUGCAUUUUAUAAUACUUCACUAAAAGAUGCUAUUAUUCCAAAAUCUGUUGAAUCUGUGGCUCUACAUUCCUUUUCUGCGAAAAAACUGAUUUUUCAAUCAUUGAUUGAAUUAUAUUUAGAAGAAACUGAAAUAAUAAUUUACAAUGUUCCAGAUGGUUCUAAAAGUAUGGAAUUACCGAAGGUUCAUUGUAAAAAUCUGAAAUUUAUUGAAAUCUUAAGCUUAGGUGGAGAUUGCACAAUUGGGAGUAAUUAUGUCUACGCAAGUCCCGAUGACGAUUUACAUAUUAAAAUAUAUAUUGAAAAAGAUGUUAAAUCUAUUGAUGAUGAGGCAUUUAGUGAUGUAAAUAUUGAUAUAUUUGCAUAUUUUGGAACAAACGAACUCGAAGGAAAUUUCCUUGCGAAUGCUAAAUCAAUUCGAGGUGUAAUUGCUUCAACAAAUUACCAAGGAGACAGUAUCGGUGGAGUAAAGUUAACCAAGAAAGUUCCUUCAUAUAAUAUUGAGGAAGACAAUACAAAUUAUGAAUUGGCCAAAUCUGCAGGAUUGAGUGGUGGUGCAAUUGCAGGUAUUGUUAUUGGUGUAAUUGUCGUAAUUGCAAUUAUCGCAGUUGUCUGUUUCUUCAUUAUUCGAUCUAAAAAGAAGAAAUCGGAAGAUACAGCAGGAAAUGAUGUCUAA